AUCACUGUAAUACGUUUCAUUUAUUCCCAUCUAUUUAUUUCAGACAAUUGCUAACCAUGAUAUGGCAUCAGUCUCGUUUGCAUCCGGGGGAGAUAUGGAAACCAAAGAUUUUGUGGCAUAUGUUGCCAAAGAUUCUGUCAAUGGCCGAGCUUGUUAUGUGUUGGAGUGUGGUGGAGGACUGGCUGAAAGCGUCAUUACUACAAUUGGUCAAGCAUUCGAACUGAGAUUUAAAGAAUACCUUCGGAAACAACCCAAACCUACAACGCUACCUGAAUGCCCCUCAACUCCUGUGGCAAAAGUUUGGCCAAGGGACAAAUUUGAAAAGACAGACGGUCAGUUUAAUGGUGAAUCAUGGGAAGAUGAAGCAGAGUAUUAUAAUGACCGACCAAAUGCCAUGCCGCCUUCUCCAACACCACCACAGAUACCUCCUCUUCCAAAUUAUUCUGUGCCUAACAGUAAUUCAAAUGUUCCUGAAGGAUUAUAUUCGACUGUAAAUAAAAAUAAAAAUAAUGAAUUCAAUAACAGUGCUGAAGGUCUACUUGUGGAUUUGAGUGAAGCACCAGAACAUGCAUUAUAUGACAAACCAAAAUCUAUGGCAGCUUUUGCUAAUAUGAAUUCUAUUCUACUGUUUGAUUCCGCUGAAAAUAUAAAAUCUGAAACAGAUAAAUCGACAGACUUUAUUGAUUCACCACAAGACCCAGGAUGGACAAAUGGUGCACUUGACCCAUUUGAUAUGCGUAAGUGUAGCAUAAUUCUCUGUUAUGAUUACAUUGAUGUUGUUAUAUUU